AUCAUCAGGGAGACCCGAGGCUCACCCCUCCGGGCCCACUCCCUAGGUCGUCGAGUCCCGCCCCCCGCCCGUCCCCUCCCCAGGUUCGGGGCGGGGCGGUCCGUGAGUCAGCUCCCUGAUCGAGUCCGAGAGCGGGUAGAGCUAGAGCCGCUGGGUGUGGAGUACGCUGGACUGGUGGAGAGGCCGCGUCUGGAGUGAGCGGGUCUGAUCAGGCUCGUGUGGCGCUGAAGGGCCAGCCCUAGGUCUGGGGGAGAGAAUCUCUUCUGUGACACCGCCUUCCCUGCCCGGCCCCUCCCAGUUCCCCCAGCGACGGCCGCUUCCUGGUCCCCGUCGCAACCAUGGCUGAAGAACAACCGCAGGUCGAAUUGUUCGUGAAGGCUGGCAGUGAUGGGGCCAAGAUUGGAAACUGCCCCUUCUCCCAGAGACUCUUCAUGGUGCUUUGGCUCAAGGGAGUCACCUUCAACGUCACCACUGUUGACACCAAGAGGCGGACUGAGACGGUACAGAAGCUGUGCCCAGGAGGGCAGCUCCCUUUCCUCCUGUAUGGCACCGAAGUGCACACAGACACCAACAAGAUUGAGGAAUUUCUGGAGGCUGUGCUGUGCCCUCCCAGGUACCCCAAGCUGGCAGCUCUGAACCCUGAAUCCAACACAGCUGGGCUGGACAUAUUUGCCAAAUUCUCUGCCUACAUUAAGAAUUCAAACCCAGCACUCAAUGACAACCUGGAGAAGGGGCUCCUGAAAGCCCUGAAAGUAUUAGACAAUUACCUGACAUCCCCUCUCCCAGAUGAAGUAGAUGAGACCAGUGCUGAGGAUGAGGGCAUCUCUCAGAGGAAAUUUCUGGAUGGCAAUGAGCUCACUCUGGCUGACUGCAACCUGUUGCCCAAGCUCCACAUAGUACAGGUGGUAUGUAAGAAGUACCGGGGAUUCUCCAUUCCGGAUGUGUUUCGCGGAGUGCAUCGAUACCUGCGCAAUGCCUAUGCUAGGGAAGAGUUUGCUUCCACCUGUCCAGAUGAUGAGGAAAUCGAGCUGGCCUAUGAGCAAGUGGCCAAGGCCCUCAAAUAAGGCCCUUCCUAGGGCUCCCCGGCCCCCCUCCAUUUUCUCCACAAAGGCCCUGGGUGGUUUCCACAUGCUACCCAACGGACACACUCCAAAAUGGCCAGUGGGCAUAGAAUCCUGGAGCACCUGUGCAGGGCUUGCUGGGGGCGAUGAGAAGCAAGGAUGGGGGAUCUGCGAGAGAUUUUUGUUGUGGGGUGGGUUGGACAAUGUAUUUCAGUAAUAAAAUAUAGAAUGACAA